GUGUGUGAGAGAGAGAGAGAGUCGGUAGUUUGGCCGCAGGCGGCGGUGUGUUUCUCUCUUUCCGUCUGCUGGAUUGUUUCUUAACCGCAGAGCUGCGUGCUUUACACUUACAGAGUGUUAUUAGAGCUGAUGUGUGUGAAAACAGACUUCUCUUGGCAUUAAGGAGAGUGUGUGUGUUCAGCAGGAUGUGACUGCAUCCAACUACCACAGUCACUUCCUGUGCACUGACAUGUUUCUGUGUUGGACAAGAGAGUGGUGGUUGCCAUGGUGCCCAGAACCCUACAGGAAUGUUGUUUGCUAUUGCUAAUGAUAGACUUGCCCUGCCCCGUCCACGUGCUGCCUUCAGCCAAUCAGACUCCAUGGAAAACUCCUCCUCCUUGUCAUGGUGGACGAACAGCAGCUCAUUGGUGCUCAGGACUCUCUGGGCAACACCCACUGCACAGGUAGCAGAGCAAGCAGUGGUGCAGCAGGUGGGGAAAGAUGUCAGUGGGCGUGUCCUGAGUGUGCCACUUCAGGUGUUCUUCAGUGUGCUCAUGGUGUGUGUGGUGUUGUUGGCACUGGGUGGGAAUGCAGUGGUGUGUGUGAUGGUGUACCGUCGUGCUGCCAUGCGUUCCGCCAUCAACUUCCUGUUAGCCAAUCUCGCCUUCGCCGACAUGAUGCUGGCAGUCACUGCCGUGCCCUUCGACCUGGUCACCAUGGUGACAGCACAAUGGCUGUUCAGUGCCACCCUCUGCCGGGCGUCAGCCAUGCUCUUGUGGCUGUGUAUGUCGGUGGGCGUGGCCAUGCUGCUGGCGAUCAGCGUGGAUCGGUUCCUGAUCAUCGUGCGGAGACAAGACCGUCUCACACCACAUCGUGCUAAGAUCCUCAUCGCUGCCUCCUGGAUCCUUGCUUUUCUCCUGUCUUUCCCACUGUUGCUAGGAUACCCAUCGCUGCAGAUUCCCCCUAGUGCACCACAGUGCGUACUCAGCUACUCCCCUGACAGCAGUUAUCAUGGAUACGUGGUGCUCCUGGCUCUAAUGAGCUUCUUUAUGCCAUUUGCCAUGAUGGCAUGUGCCUUUGCUGCGAUCUUGAGCUCCAUUAGGCACAAUGCACUUCGGAUCCGUUGUGACUCUGCCCUUUCUCUGUCUAAGCCCCACCCCCUCCACGUGAGCGUGGAUGUGGGUUUUAAGACACGAGCCUUCUUCACCAUCCUGCUGCUAUUUGUGCUGGCGUUCGCCUCACUGGCGCCCCUGGUGGUGUUCAGCUUGUGCGCAGCGUUCAGCAGUGCUGUGUAUAACGGGGCGGGGUUUUUCGAAGUGAGUGCCUGGCUGUUGAUCCUCAGCUUCCUGCGCCCUGCCCUCAACCCACUCAUCUACUACUGUCGCAUCAGGAAGUUCCGCCAUGCCUGCACCCGCUGGGUGCCCUCCCUCUGCAAGCUCCACCCACUUCUGCCCAGCUACGCCCAGCGCAGGAUCCAGCCCAGUGCUGUGUACGCCUGCAGUGAACAUCGCUCCAGCAUCUAACACACACACACGCAGUACACAUUUACUGUGCCUGUAAUUCACUUUAUAAUUGUAAAUCGAAUGAAGCUGUGUGUGUGAUAUUAGACUAUGUGUAAAUUGUGAAAAUGUGCAAUACCGUGCUGUUUGUUUAGAUUU